UACCAGAAGAUUCUAGGAACUAUGCGAGAUGAAAUUGUGACACAAAGGACAAGGCGAGUAAAACUGAAACUUGUAUAUCGACAACUCUAGAAUCAUUUCCUCUGUAACACCUUACACCCUUCGUGCAAAAAUGUCAGAACCACCGUUUAGACCACGAGAGAAACUUAUUCAGAAGCAAAAGUAUUUCCAUAAUAUCCAUAAACACACAUACUUGAAAGGGCCAUAUGACAAGAUCACAUCUGUUGCAAUACCACUUGCAUUGGCAGCAUCUUCGUUGUAUCUGACUGGAAGAGGGAACUACAAUAUGUCACACGGAAUAGGGAAGAAAGAAUGACUUGCAAGGUGUUUUGUGGAACAUCCUGAGAUUGAGUUACCGCUGAUUUUCUUUGCUUGCAUAUGUUUGGUGCCUUAAUAAGUUUUUUAGUUUUGAAGACUUUUAUAACCCACGGGUUCAAAAGUGGGAAUGAAUAGAAUAGGGUUUUUUCUUUGUUUCAUGGAACUAUUGGUGAUUUAAUACUUGUGUGUAAUGACUGGAAGCUCAUGUUCAUGUUUA